AUGAGCGAGAACGAGUCUUGUAUCCAUAUUGCGGCUGCUAUUCGAGCCCAAGGCAUCGAUGACGUCACAGCGCAUUUAACUGUCAAGACUCUCUUUACUCUCAUCUACAGUUGCUUAUUUGUGGUAGGAUUAUUCGGAAAUGGCGGAGUUCUCUGGGCUGUUGCUCGAAAUCGACGUCUGCGUAGUGCUCGAAAUAUUUUUCUCUUAAAUCUUAUUCUGUCGGAUUUGCUGCUUGUGUUAACAGCUGUACCGGUCACUCCAUGGUAUGCCAUCACGAAAGAUUGGCAGUUCGGAUCAGCAAUGUGCCAUCUUAUGCCUCUCAUCAACUCGUGUUCAGUCUUUGUCACCAGUUGGAGUUUGACAGCCAUUUCGUUAGAUAAGUUUCUUCAUAUUAUUGAUCCUACCAAAGCACCGGUCACUAAACGCCAAGCUGGAGCAAUAACGAUUCUAAUUUGGCUCGUCUCUUCACUCAUCAACGUGCCUUAUCUUUUGAGUUAUGAACUGGUGGAUGGCAGAUAUUAUGUGCCUCCGGAUGGUAAACCCUACUGUGGUCAGUUCUGUGAUGAAACAAAUUGGCAAAGUGAAAAUUCUCGAAGGCUCUAUGGAACGAUGGUUAUGCUAUUGCAGUUUGUCAUACCUAUGGCUAUAAUUACUUAUUGUUAUUUUCGAAUUCUCAAGAAAGUGUCGAAAGACAUGAUCAUUCAGAAUGUCCAGUUCUCUCAAUCACUCACACAGAAACAGCGAGGUGAUGCGAUCAGUCGGAAGAAACGAGUAAAUUAUAUUCUGAUUGGAAUGGUUGUGACGUUCAUCGGCUGCUGGCUGCCAUUAACUGCUGUUAAUCUUGUUAAGGAUUAUAAAAUGGAGCCAUCAUUCUUACUCACUCAGCCAUUUCUUUGGGCUCUUGUUGCUCAUGUUAUAGCGAUGUCAUUGGUUAUCUGGAAUCCGGUACUCUUCUUUUGGCUAACAAGAAAGCAGAAACGAACUGGUCUCAGCAAAAUCAUCAAUACUUCUGAGGUAACCCUGAGUGAGGUAAUGGCGUCUUUUGCCAGUCGCAUCGGGAGCAGCAUACGGCGAAUGUCAACUAGGAAUAGCAGUAAUAAAGAAAAACGUAAGCGACAGCAGAUUCUGGAUUCUGAAGUCGUCACAUGCACAACAACAUCUCGUCCACUCAUCAUACGAACAGAACUUUUUAAAACUUCCUUAUCAACAGAAAUGCUUUAA